AUGAAAUACGUUGUGGAUUCCAAAUCUCCCCUCCUCAAUCCAUCAAAGAACCCGCUGAUAGAUUACCUCCUUCGAAAAACAAUAUACAAUCACUUCUGCGCAGGCACAAACGAGGCUGAAGUGCGCAAGACCGUCCAGGAUAUGAAAAGCCUAGGAUUCAAGGGUGUCAUCCUUGGAUACGCCAGAGAAUCAAUUGCGAAGGCGGACGAAAACGACAACAGUAGCUUUCACGUUGAGGAGAGUCAACUAGCAAUUCAAGACCAAGCAGUGGAGGAAUGGAGACAAGGAAACCUACGAACACUGAAGAUGAUUGGCGCAGGAGACUUCCUUGGAAUCAAAUUCACCGGAGCAGGCCCUAAAGCCGUCGAAGCCCUUUCUCGCGGCGACCUCGUUCCGCCCCCUUCUAUCGCGCAAGCCAUUGAAGAGAUCUGCGAGGCCACAGCAUCCCAAAACUCUCGCCUCUGGAUUGACGCAGAGCAGCAAGUCUUCCAGCCGACGAUCGACGCCUGGACGAUUGACCUCAUGCGAAGGUUUAACCGCAACGGGAGGAUAGUCGUCUACAAUACCAUCCAGGCAUAUUUGAAGUCCUCGACCGAGAACGUCCACCGACACCUUUGCCUAGCUCAAAGAGAAGGAUGGACAUUGGGGAUCAAGCUUGUCCGCGGCGCCUACAUUGCGCACGAUAUCAGAUCCCGCAUACACGAUAUUAAGGCUGAUACGGAUAACAGCUACGACUAUAUUGUUGAGAGACUUUUAUCACGAGAGUCCCCACUUAAAACAGCGUCGGAUGAUGCGUCAGAGUUUCCGGAUGUACGGUUGUUUGUUGCCUCUCAUAACGCGGAAAGCGUGCGCAAGGCGUCGACACUGUAUAGACAGAGGAUUCAUAACGGUCAACCGACAAUUCCACUUGAGAUUGGCCAGUUGCAAGGAAUGGCGGAUGAAGUGAGCUGUGAGUUGUUGGCUGGGAACAGCACUGGUCAGUCGGAGGCACCCACACCUGGAGUAUUCAAGUGUCUGGCUUGGGGGACAACAGAAGAAUGCCUCCAUUUCCUGUUGCGAAGAGCGAUUGAGAAUAAAUCGGCAAUGGAGAGGACCAGAGACACAGCAGUAGCGAUGCGACGGGAAGCCCGGAGGAGAGUUGGGUGGUGA